AUGUACCCUCCAAAACUUGCUCCGGGCACCCCUCUGGGGUUGCAAAUCGCCUACAACGACGAGAAGAAACGCAACCAGAUUCCCAGCCUCCACAUGGCCUCUGCAACGGGUUUGUGCAGAUUCCGCAAGGAUAUUCUUUUGACGUGGUUGAGACACGUGUACCGCUACGUUCCUCUGAGAGCCUCUACUACAGGCAGCAAUACUGCGUGGCGCAACGAUCAGCAACCUGAUUAUGAGGACAUCUACUUCAUCAAGGCCGGACCGCAUAAAUCAAGCUUACUCACCGUGAAAACAAUAGCUGCAGCCAUUGCUGAGCCGCACAUGAAGCAACUCAGUAUUGAAACGGCGAAUCUGCCUCUAGCUCGGGCAUGGUACCAACACUGUCAUGACCACCAUCAUACCUGCAGGACAAGCCAAACAGCACCUAUUCCAUACCUUAGAUUGAUCGAUUGUAUGAGCGGACAGAUCUGUGAGGCGAUCAGUGGUCACAGUUACGUAGCGUUGAGCUAUGUGUGGGGGACAUCGGCCACAAUCUCUCCGUUGAUCUCGAACAGUGGAACACCCACAUACCCAAACACCAUUAAAGACGCUAUCAAAGUGGCGAUUAACUUGGGCGUUCCAUAUCUGUGGGUCGAUCGGUAUUGUAUCGAUCAGGACAAUGAAGAGGAAAAGCACAGUCUGAUUUCUAAUAUGAAUCGUAUAUACUCAGGAGCAGAGAUUACAAUCAUUGCUGCGGCUGGACCGGAUCCCCACUAUGGUCUUCCUGGGGUAUCUGUAACCCAACGCAAAGGAUUUGACAUAACGACACUUGACUGUGGCUCUUUGAUCCGCUAUCCGGACCCCAGCGACGAACUUGCAGGAUACCCUUGGACAACAAGGGGCUGGACGUACCAAGAAAUGCUCCUUUCUCGUCGACGCCUCGUGUUCACGGACUCACAGAUGGUCUUUCAAUGCUGUGAGCAGGACUUCCGCGAAGUAAUUGGUUCACCGGCUGCGCGCUACACCUAUCCGAAUACAACUUCGCAGGCUACAGCAGCUUCUAAAGUUGCAGCCCAUGGUUGUAUUAGGGAACUGUUCCAUUCCUCCAGGCCUGAUAGCAUUUUCCCCGAGUCCGGAGUCGGUUCCAUUCCCGACGACAUCUAUACCCGGAUAGAAGAGUACUCUACAAGGACGCUUUCAUACCCGCAAGAUGUAUUGAACGCCUUCAAUGUUAUUUUCAGCCAAUUUGAAAGCGAGGAUAAUGGUCGAGAUCAUGUUGAUCAGCUCUACGGCCACCACUUUUGGGGUGUCCCUAUAUUCCGCUACGACGGAGAAAAUCCUAUGUGCGAAGCGGUGUGUUCUCUAGUUGCCGGAUUGACCUGGCGCACGGGAUCACCAAACUUCUAUGAACGCGACAGUGUUUCGCGUCCAGGCGAAUGGCCUUCGUGGAGUUGGACUGCAAUCAUGGGGGAUAGCAUUCUCUUUGGUGCCACCAAUUUGGAAGAUGUUAUUUUACACGAGCCGGGAGCCUUAUGGGCCACUUUGAGGCGCAGAAGCGGCCAUAUAGUGGAGAUUGAAGACUUUGUGGAAGGACAUCAAGACUCGAUGGACUAUCAGCCGUCCAUCGAUCUCUCUACCUGGGUACUCUCCGGCGGAAAGCUGAUACACGAUCAAUCGGGAUCUGUCAUGUUUACGCACCACAGUUUCCUUCAAUCCGAGAAGCUCGUACAGAUCGAUGCAUUUCUAGAUGUGCAGGGAGAGGAUCUAGAACAAGAUGUCACUGCCGCAUAUCUUGGUCUCUUCGAAAGAGGCUCAAAACCCAAGCCAUGCUACCUGCUGGUGAUAGUAACAACUUCUGGGGCGCUUCGCAGGAUCGGACUGGGCAUCACUAGUUUUUCUUUUGCAAAGCAUUCUCGUUUUUCGAGGAUCGAAAAGUUGACGUGGCUUCCGGGUGGGGUGGAAAGCAAUCCUUUCGGUGGAUGGAAGUUUGAAACUAUCACCUUAUUUUGA